AUGGCUACUGACAACACAGUCCAGCAGCUUGCCGGAGCCGUCCUCCCGACGGCCCUCCGUGAGCUUCUUGGAGCACAGGGCCAAAUCAAGGAGAUCGCAGAGUACUUUGAGCAAGCGUACGCAGCCGAUGCCGACAAGAACAAGGUCUUUUCAGAGACGCAGGUCUACACCAAGAAUGCUCUUGGCAACGUUGCCUUUCAUGUCAAUGUUGUGGGCUCGCACAUGGUCUCCUUCCUCAACAAGCAGUUUGAUGAGCUCGAUACCAUGCAGCUCCAGUUUGACGCCGUCAUGUCGAGGCUGAACAACGCUCGCUAUACCCUUGGCCUCUCGAACUUGUCCUCCUACCUCGCUCCUCGCAUCUACAAGACUCGCCCGGUCUCUACUCCUCUCAAGGGCGAUGCCGUUCCCGAGGGCGCUCGCAUGCUUGAUCGCUACGAGCGCCGUCCUGUCGAUCUCUCCUCCCUCGACGAUGUCGGCAUCACCCUCCCCCCGCGUUGA